GACCAAUAUUAAAUAUGCACCGACGCGCACCGCAGCGAACGAGCCUGAUGUUUUUUGUCAGUCGCCAGAGCUCAUGCGUAAAAGCAUGGCGCCCGUCGCGAGGCUCGACUCGUGAAAUAAUUGAUCCAAUCGGAACUCGACGAGCUCCCGCCACGGCGCGACGCUCUGCCACGGGCUUUAUGUAAGAGAGACGCUCGGGAACGCCAAGCGUCGACUGGGACUUUUCUACGACUCGAAAGCUUUGCCGACCCGGUACUUUUCGUGACGCCUUACCCGGGAAAUACCAUCCGGAUAUGUGGGUGACUGUGUAGAGUCAAAUAACAAGGAUUCCGUAGAAAGGAGAAUACACGAAAAAUGACAAUAUGUCUGCUCGACAACAAGUGUCCCGACCCUGUUAGUCGAUCGAAAGCACAGAGACUAAAGAUAAAUGUAAAUAACUUUGUGCGUAUAAGACGUCGAAUUCCUAGAGAUAAUCGAGGAGUACGUAAACAGUGAUAAAUAAUUUUUUUUAUAAUAUCAAUUAAAAACAAAACUUCCUUUACCAUUUUCUGACAAAGGAGAAAACAGAAAAAUCGAUAUCCGGCAUAUAUUCCAGGGGGAAAAUGAUAAAAAACGGCAAACAGUAAGAAGAUUAAUAACAAGGAACGAAGGAAAAUAAUAAAAAAAUAAGUUGGGAAGAAAAAAGUUGAGAAAAAUUUAAAAAAAGAAGCGUAAGGAUGCGUACCGAUAACGCACUAUAAGAUCUGGGCGGUUGACACUGAUGACAACACUGAUGCCGAAGCAGACGACGACAUCGAUGCGAACGCUGACGACAACGUGACGCCGACGCUUCGUCGUUUCAAUGGUCGAAGUGGGGGGUGUGGUCGUAUAAACGGUCCGGUAGAGAGCACGCUCGUAGCUUGUGGGAGCUGCCAGAGUGUGUAGUGGGACUCUGGUGUGCGCUAGGUUGGUACGCUUCUGGAGCGCUAAAGUCAGCGUCGAUGUAGUGUCGGACUGCACGUUUUCUAUUUCUCUUCCUCGCUCCGUAUCCCUCUCUCCGUCGCUCUUUGAUUUUCCUUACGUCAGACUCUUUCUCUCCCUCUGUCUCUCUCGCUCGCUCGUUGAACUGGAAAUCGCCUCAGAGAGAGGGACCCCGCUCUGGCACUGACACCGCGCCACUACUGACACUUGCCAAGCGGUGACAGCCGAGACGCCAGUCGUCGCUGUGCCGCGGUCGCUGUUGCGUCGUACCCUGCAUGUCUUGUGCCAAGGCUGCUCUCUCCGAACGCCGCGUGGUCGACCAACUGUCAAAUUCAAAACGUAACAGGCGCGCGCUCGGUGAAACCUCCAACUAGGACUAAACACGUUGAUCGUAUCCCGUGAGCCUGUUGCUGAUUUUAUUAUUUUCCUUUUUUCGCGUCCUGCAUCCAACAGUGUCGAGUGUUUACGAUUGUUCUACACGGAAUAGGACUAGUUCUCGUUAAUAAAAGAAAAACUUCGGUGCAUCCGUGAAACGGCGAGAAAGAGGUUUAACGUGAAUUUGGGUAAAUAAAAAUGUGCAGUGCCUUCAAGAUCUUCGACUCGACAGGCAGCGGAUUUUACCGCGAGGAUUACGCGAGUGUUUAAGUUCUCGGGAAGGAUUCGCGAAGUUCCUCCUGUGCCGUCCCGAAAUGUGUGAAAUGGCCAAGGAGGCCUUCGCCUCGCGAAACUAUCGUUUAGCCGUUGAGAUUUACGAGCGUUGCAUGAAGCAGCAACCGCCAAGCUUCGAGAUAUUUUUUGGUUAUGGUGACUCCCUGGCUCGAUGCGGACGCUUGCGAGAAGCCCUCGACGUCUACGCGCAGUGCUUCGCUAUAAUAGCUGUGCCUCCGGAGAGGCUCCGGCAUCUGGCCACUGCCCUUCUCGAGGACAUAGGUGGUACCUCUCUACCGAGGAGAAGGACCGAAGCAUCCUUUGUGUGCCCGUACUGCGAAGGGACCCUCUAUCAGCCGGUGACAGCCAAUUGCGGCCACACCUAUUGUAGGAACUGCCUGGAGAGCUCAAAGUGCUGCCGUGCGUGUGGACUAAAGUUUGGCCCUUCAGGAGAGACGAAUGUUCUCGUGCAACGAUUGGUGGAAAAGUGGUGGCCGCGCGAAGCCGAAGCGAGCCGAGCGAGACACGAGGGAGACCUAUUCAUGAGGGAGGGUCACGUAGGUCAAGCCCUCGAGAGAUACAACCUCGCUGUGCGACUUGCACCAAACAGUCCAUUACAUCUCAGCAACAGGGCGCACGCAUUGCUCAUGCUAAGUAGGCCGCAGGCUUCUCUCACGGAUGCUGACCAUGCGAUUAGAUUACGUCCAGACUGGGGAAAGGGCCACUUCAGAAGAGGAGUGGCACUCGCAGCUCUUGGGAGACACGAGGAGGCCCUCUUUGCCUUCUGUACGAGUGUCGCCAUCGACCGAAACCCUCAGACCGUACGCCAAGAGAUAACACGGGUACUCCACCGAAUGCUGUCCUCGAAUCAUCGUCGGCAAAACAGCCCUGCUACCAGAGGUCCUUACAAUAUGGUCCAGACGAUAGCGAGAUCGAGAAGAAAUCGACAUCAUCUUCUUCUGCCGCUGAUGAAUCCAAUUCAGCAUCAUCGCAGGGCAGCACUGAAUACGUCGGAUUGCGAGGACAACAGCAGCGGAGAGGAAGACUUCAGUCAGACGGUGUGCCGGAGGCUCAUGCCUACUUCCGUUCCCCAUGACAACGCUCGACUCCACGCGAUCCUGGACAGGGUCUAUCAAGAGGUCGAAAAGCUCAAAAGGGUGGACGCGAGACCUGCCGAAAUCUUGCUACCGCCUCUUUCCAGAGGCGACCCUGCCGAAGGCGACCUAGACUGCAUCCUAUGUUGUCGCUUGCUUUGGAAACCCGUCGCAACCCCUUGCGGACAUACCUAUUGUUGGAUGUGCCUGGAUCGUUGUCUGGACUACUCAUCUGCCUGUCCACUCUGCGUCACGUCACUCGCCGACUACCUGGCCAGCAGUCAAAAAACCGUUACGGACUUUGUCGAACGUGCCCUGAAGAGCGUUGCGUCGACGGAGUACGCUGCCAGAGCCGCCAGUCAUCGUCUGGAACUUGUUCAGAGCCUAGGACUCCUGGACAGCGAGCAGAUCGCCGUUUUUAUUUGUACGACGGCCUUCCCCCGUGUAGCCUGUCCUCUCUUUGUUUAUGAACCAAGAUACAGGCUGAUGGUCAGACGAUGCUUUGAGAUCGGCGUACGGGAGUUUGGAAUCGCUGCUUGUCUCAAUAGGGAAGCUACCGGGACAAAGAAGUACGCAGAAUAUGGUACCAUGUUGGAGAUCAGAGAUAGAGUCUUACUCAAGGAUGGAUGCAGCAUCCUGAGUACAGUAGGUGGAAGGAGAUUCAGGGUUUUGUCUGGAGACGAACGGGACGGAUAUGACACGGCGCAGGUGGAGUUCUUGAGAGACACGCCCGUGCAACCUGAGCAAUUACUCAAUCUUUUAGAACUUCAUGAUAAGGUGAGAACGAAAGGCAGAAGAUGGUGGGACACUGUACCCAGCUCCCAACAGUCGGAGAUACAACGUGUAUUCGGCUCCAUGCCAGACAUCGAAGAGGACUGGUCCCGGCUUCCGGAUGGCCCGUCCUGGACCUGGUGGAUUCUAGCGAUACUGCCUCUGGGACCGCAACUCCAAGUCGGCAUCCUGGGUACCACUAGUCUGGAGAAGAGACUGAGAGCCAUAGAGAAAACACUGGAUCAUAUGGAGCAACGCCAAUUGACUGUAGCACCGGCUCCUUCGGAGGACACAACGACAUCCGCGAGUAUUUGCAGUGACGACCGGACGAUCGUCGGUAAUCCCGUCCCUGUAAUCCAGCGGUCAUAGAAUUUAUGCGUCUCGGCUGCUCUCGACGAUGAGGUCGCUCAGACUAUAUUCCAUUUUUGUCACAAAAUUCAGUUUCACCUUCCCGAAAUUAUUCCACGCCGUCGUACCACCGUUACGACGCUAGUUGUUUCUUUUUCUUUCUUAUCAAUGCCUUACCGAUGCAAGAUAACGACCAUCCUCACAGCGAGUCGUCGUCUCCUCGUUGUGCGAACGAUCGAUGCUGUCGGGAGAAAUUUUUAUGACUCGACCAUUACAUAUCAGGAGAUUUUUAUUUAAUCGGUAGGUUGUCUUCGCAUCCACACCAAACGCUUACGAGCAAAUCCGUUCUUCCAGAAUCCGAUUCAAGUCGAUCUAUGAAUAUUUAAAAAACAUAAUAAUAAUAUUUUCUAACUGUUCAAUAUGGAAAUAGGCAAUAUUGCAUGUCUCUCCAUUCUGUUUUCUGGCUUUUGUCCGUUGAACUUUGACCCUUAUUGUAAUCCGCGCGAUUAUCUCCAUGAUUAUCAGCGCGAACGAAUUACACAUUUUCUCGUACAACGAGACGUCGCGUACGGCAAACUUUUGUCGCUCCUUACGGAACAAAACGAAAUCCCAAUUUUUAUAUUUUCUAAGUUUAUUCCAUCGAGCAUAAGACUUUCAAUACGCUAGCACAUAGUAAUUUAUUUUAAUGCGACUUUUUUUUUUAAUAAAACAUCAACGCGAGUCAGUGAUUAUAAAAUUAGGAACGUCAUAUCAGUCAUGCAAUCAAGUAUUUAUAAGACAUAUAAAUAUAGUAUUGCUACUGUUAUUACGUUUAUUAUUGUUAUUAUUAUCAAUACUGCUAGUGUCAUUAUUAUCACUAUCAACAUUACUACUAUUGCUAUUACAACUACUAUUAAUACUAUCACUACAAUUGUUGCUGUUAUUGAUAUCAGCGCUAUAAUAAUAAUAGCCACACGUCGGCUAUACUGUUUCUACUAUGAUCUUGUAACUUAAAUUUCUUGUCUUUUUCAACUGGUCAAUUUUUGUGACUCUGAGCUAACUCGCCUCUGGAGUAACCGACGUGUACUCUAGAUUUUUACGAACCUAUCGAAUCAUGCAUUGUGAUAUUAAUGUGUAGCCUUCCUUGUAUAUUGAUACAACUAUAUAAUGCCAUUCGACUUUCCAUUUUUACUUCGACAUUUCUAUAUUUAUGUUCAUCUCGUCAUAUCGAAUUAUUAUAAUAAAAUUGUGAAACUCA